UAAUCUUACAAUGAUGCUAAAGUUUAAUUCAGUUUGUUUCACUUUAUUUCUUAAAAAAACACAACAGUUUAACAGUUGGUUCUUUGAAUAUUUUAAUUUAAUACUCAUAAUAAAGUUAACCAAAAGUAACUGUAUAUCGUUGGUGUAACCUUUAUUAUGAUUCAUUUCAAUCCGAAUUUUGCUGCUAGAUUGCUUAUAAUUCGAUAGGUAUAAGUCAUAUCAAUGGAUAUUAAUAAGUAAUAUACAUUUAAUAUCGUGCGUAUCUUAGUUAGAAGUGGUUUAACAAGACAUAAUUUCAAUAGACAAUGGGUAUGUGUGUGUGUGUGUUUGGGGGAUGCUUUCAAUAAUAUCACCACUCAUUAAAAUUUAACGCCAUACUUUUCGUGCAGCGUUUAUUUAUUGAUUUUAUCUCAACUUGAAGGCACGUUUAACUAUAAUGACGAAUAAACAUAACCGAUGUCUUGUUUUAAAAGACAGCGUUUGCGUGAUGCAAAUUCAGCGUGGCCAUCUCCAGAAAUACCGGUACUCUCCGUAUUUGUUGAUCAUUUUGUGCGAAAGCGUAUGUGGUAAGCUGGGUGCCCAACCUAUUUUAUUUUAAUAGGACAAUAACUUGGGAGCAAACGAGUGGCCUAACGACUUUCCUGUAAAUUCGUUAACGCAGCAAUUGCCGUGGAAACAUGUCAUCUGAUGCCCUAAUUACAACGUGCUAUGUACUAAUGUAGAGACAGACGCGGUUAUUAUGAUUUUGCAAGCGUAGCUGAAAUGUCGCUCGUUAGCAUAGUCGAAGCGUUACUUUAAAUAUGUAUGCGUAGUUUACGUGUAACUUGUUAACCAACUGAACGGUCGGUUUAACUGUAACAUUUAAAUUGUACAGAUUUCAAAUUGACUCGGUUAUUCAACAAGCGAUACAAUUGAUGAUAGAACAAACAUAUUUAAUUGAACUCAGACACGCAUGACAAAUAUUAAAUUGUGUCUUUGGUCUUAUUAUUUAAAGAUUUGUUAACCAAUAAUCGAGACUGAAUUAUCGCCAUUGUUAAAACGCGUAAUAUCUAUGAAAUCAAGAUUAUCUGUAUUUGUUGAAAUCUGAUAUAGUUUACGUCGUAUAUCCUCUAUAAGAAUUUAUAAAUUGUAUAAGGUAAUGUUCGUAAUCAAAGCUCACACUACAGCCUUCUGACGCACGUUAUAGUUACAUCUAAUUAAAAGCGAUUAUUGAAAGUAAUGGAUUACAAAAAAAGCUUCGAAAAACGUUCUCUUUGAAUUUGCGGCAAUUACAGUUGUACAUGAUAUGUUAGUGGUGGAAACUUGCUCAAAUCUGUUAUCAAAAGAGGAUUAGCGCGUCAAUUACAGUUACCAGGUAUGUAGAAACAAGUUAUUUAUCAAAUAUAAUAUUAAUUAAUAUCUUUCACUCUUUACAAUUUUAUAUUUGAAGUUACAAAAGUUAAGAGGAUCGAAAGAUGUAUCGUCAAUGAUACGUUCUGAGGUUGUAAUGGAAUCGUUCACGUUUAUGUAAAAUCAUGUAAUAUUAAAGUUAAACCAUGGCCAUUAUUGAAAUGAUUGUAGUUAUCGGAAGAAAUUUCAUUUACUUAUAUUCGCAUUAUGUAGUAACGUUUGACCACUAUUUCUUUUAUGGUUUUUGCAUACAAUGGGUUCUAAAAAAAGAAAGUUAUUUAAGUUGCAGCCAAUCCGACGAGUCUGUUGCAGAAAUCUACAAGACAAAUUGCUGGAAAAUACGGAGGAAAGCGAAUGACAUAAGUCAAAACGAUCCACGUGUGGAGAGCUUUAGAAAGCAAAAUGGGUAAAAAAAGAACACGAAAAGUUAAGUUGCAGCCCAUCCCAUGAGUUCCUCGCAGAAAUAUGCCAGAAAAACUGCUAGAAUAUACAAAGGAAAGGGAAUGAAAGCAGUCAAUGAAGCCCAUAUGCGGAGCGCUUUAGAAAGCGAACUGAAAGACAUCAACGAUUGUGGUUCGAGGACUUAUCUAUAUGUCGGGACGAUAAUACCAAAUUAUGAACAAGGGAAACAAGCGCAUUGUGACAUCAGCGGCUCUUGACAAGGCUCUUAGUGACAUUGGUGUCAAUGAGGAAACGAUUCAAUUGAGAAGGACAACGUGGCUUUAUAUGGAAGCUGUUUUCACCAUCAAUCUACAGGCAACGGUCGGGGAUAUCGAUGUAUAUUAAUUUGGAAACCAAAGCGAAGGUUCUACGACAGAAGACAACUGGUCCUCAAAAAGAAAAGUUAUUGAAGUUGCAACCCACCCGAUGAGUUCCUCGCAAAAAUCUGCCUGAAAAACUGCCUAUAAUAUACAAAGGAAAGGGAAUGACAGCAGUCAAAGAAGCUCAUGUGCGGACAGCUUUAGAAAGCAAUAAUGGAAACAAGAGCAUUGUGACGUCCGCGGCUGUUGCCAAAGCUCUGAGUGACAUUGGCGUCAAUGAAGAAACGAUUCAAUGGAGAAGGACAACGCAGUUGUAUAUGGAAGCUUUGCAAACUAUCAAUCAACAGGCAAGGGGCGAGGAUUCCGAUGUAUAUCAUUUAGGAAGCCAAAGCGAAGGUUCUACGACAGUAGGUAUGAACUCAGACUACGAUUGUCUGGAGUGCUAUAGAGAAGUGCCAGUGAUUCAGAAUACCGCUGACAGGCAGUUUGAGAAAGAGCAGCUACUUGUGGUUACAGACAUGUCACCCCCGCCUCAGUGUUGCUGUCUGCAAUGGCUCAAGCCUGAUUAUUCUAUAACUUUGACUGAUAGAACGUUUCCGCAUCUUCAUAUUGAUGCUCAUGGGCGGGUAUUCCUGAGAAACAUUGUGAUGAAAAUGUAUAUAACACCGUUCUUCAAAAGAUGGGGUCGUGACUAUAUCCAACACGGUCCUUCGCUAACCAUCGACGAUACUGUAGAUAUGGUCUACGCAUUUCAUUGUGCAAAACUGCCUGAAGAUUGUCAAUAUAUUUUCCGGAGACCAAAGCCUGGGCAUUGGCCUUCCCCAGCAUUGUUAAACCAGCUAAAGGAUAGCGGGGUAUUCCUUGUUUCGACUGCGCAUGUUGAGAACACAGCACACUGGGACCCUCGCCAACACAUAGGAAUAUUAAAAGUGCGAACAUUCGAUAAGUCACAUGAGCUUUAUUGGAGGUUAUCUACCAAUUCGAUGGAGCGGCUUUUGAUGUUCGACCUCUCAAUGACGCAAAUGAAAGUGUACGUACUCAUGAAAAUAAUCAAUAAAGAGUUUUGCAAGCCGCUAGUUGGAGACCGUUUAAGCACGUUUCACUUAAAAACUACGUUGAUGUAUAGCGUGGAAAUGUCACCUCAACACAUCUGGAAAGAUGAAAAUCUUAUCCAAUGUUUAAAAUUAUGUUUGACGACAUUAAGAAGGUGGUUAAAUGUGCGAUAUUGCCCUCACUACACAACGGCAAAUGGGAAUUUGUUUGAAGGUAAACUUCGAUUGAACGAGUUUCCUGUUUUGAUAGAAUUGUUCACAGAUAUUAUCCGUGACGAUUUGUUUUGUUUGUAUAAUGUUGAAAUGGACGACCUUGGUCACCGUAUAUCAUCGCAUUCCCCAGAUAGUACAAGUGGGCGUCAUUUCAAAGAACUGGAUAUCGUUGUUGCCAACCAUAUGUUUAAUAUUCGGGUCGCUUUCUCAUGCACAAAUUUUUACUUAGUUUUUAGGUUACAGCUUGUAGAAGAAGAUACAUCACAACUUAUAAACGACCAUGCCCGGUACAUUCAAAAGCUUGAGACUAUUAAUAAAACCAGCACGGGACACAUUCGUUUAGCAGUCUCUACUACAUUACCAUUUCAUUAUUCCAUUCAAGCUGCAAUGAAAGCAUCGCUCUGUAUCGUAAAUAAUCUAACAUUACCGCAAGAGAUAUUCACUUUGUGUGAUAAGUCUCUGAUGUCCGACGUGACGUCGAGUCGCCUUAAGUUGGCUUCGAUAUAUUUCUCUGUAUGGCGUUUUGAAGAGGCUGCUGCAAUUCUUAAGCAAGCAGACGCUCUUAUUUCUAACAAAAUAAUAUAUUUUAGCCCUUUCUUUUGUUAUAAAAACCCUAAGUUUGGUUCAGAGAUAAUGGGAGGCCGAAAAGAGUUCAUAGACAUCUUGCAAAAAAAGGUUGCUGUGUGUACGAUUUUUAGCAGACACGACAUGAAUUGUGUUCCUGGGCAGCUUGUUGCCGAGUUCUACAGAACAGUAACGGUAGAGGAUGCAAGUUGCCGGCUUCUCAGCGAUUACUGGAUGGACCUUGCAGUGGUUGAUUCAUUGCCAUAUUUGUAUUACCUACAGUAUUUAACAUUUGGAACUACCGGAUUAAUCAGCGACAAAGACAGUGCGUUUAAGAAUCUCCAUUAUCACGUUAUUUCCAAAGAGUCAGAAAUUCGUCCAUAUCAUAUCGAAACCUCAUUAAAUCUGUUAGGACAUUGCUGUGAGCUGGAAGGCAAUUUGUCAGAAGCUUGGCGUGCCUAUAAGGACUCAGUGAAACUUCGACCCCAGAAUAACGCAGCUUACUGGCACAUGUUUAGGAUUAUUGGAGGGCUUAUUUAUGGGCUUAGAAUGUUAUCCUAGCGACAUUCUGCUACACAACGGUGCAAAUAUGCAUGACAAAGGGAGAAUAUAAAUAUGAAUAUUUGAGAUAGUUGAAUGUUGAUGAGAGAUUUUCUCUUUGUGAUGUCUAGUUAUUGUCAAUAUUCAGUUUGACUCAUGAUUGCAGCGCGGAUGCAGUUGAACAUAAUCCUGUUCACAUUUACCAUGUAGUCGUAUUGCCAUCUUCUGAAAUUAGUAGCGAAGAGCUGAUACUUAAUUACGUAGACAUUCUUAUGAAUAUCUAUUUACAUUUUUCUGUACAGUGCUUACCUGUUCAUUGUGAUUUCUGUUAGAUUUAUUAAACCUUAGGGUCGUACCAAUAAUGUACUACAGGUUAGGUUUGUCGAGACGCUCUUUUAAGGAAAAGCUUUCAAUAAGUAUCUUUUUAGAUUUAUCAACUUUCAAAAUGGUUUCAUUAUACCGACAUUGCACACGUUUCUUCAAAUUGCUGUAAGAGGCAUUUUUACUGAUUCAAUCAGUACUUAAUGGUUUUAGAACUGUAAAACGAUAUGUACAUGUAUUUUUGUUCUUUCUUUGCUCAUUUCUGAUUGCCAUGGUAUUCUAAAUCGAAAAUCAAAGUGACGAAAACGUACCAAACAAUUAUUCUCUGACAUUCCGAAUAGCCUCAACCGUUUUCCCCAUUUUUUUUUUCAUGACCAUUUAAUAACAAAAACCAUUCGUAUGUUCCUAAAUAUUUAUAAAGCAAGAUUUAUUUUGUAAAUAUGUAUUCUUAUGAUGCGCUAAUUAUAGUUAAUGGCAUUGGACAAGUGGGAUAAAGAAAAUAUAAGCAAAGACGUGUUGUUUACUCAUCUCAGAUAACCAGAAAAUGGUAGUCUCGAGUCAAAAGUUAUUUUAGAAGAAAGAAGAAAAUUAGGCGGAAAUAGGACACAAACUUUUGGCAUAUAAAUUGUUUAUGACUUAUCGCUGAUACGAAAAAGAAACAUAUUUUAGUAUCACUGCACGUUUUCCUUUCUUUCAAGGCUAAACACGUUUGCACAAAUGAAUUUGCCGAAUUAUGCUGCACUUAAGAAUAAGAGUGGUCGCAUUAACUUAUGAAACAUCUCGUUUUUACAGGGGUGUGAUUUUUCCGCGGAUCCGCGGAUUUCCGCGGAUCGGGUUGUCCCGGAUGUCACUUCUGAGAUUUGUGUAAAUUCGUUUUAAAAAAUGUGGGGGAGAGGGGCUACCACCGAUUCCGCGGACGUAUUUCAUAAGCGGCCCAAAAUAUCCGCGGCCCGCGAAAUCUCUCCGCAUUUUACACUGGUAGAUUCUGCCUAAGCAUUUUUAAAACGAGCCAUAUAAUUGGCUGUCGUUUCCCAAUCUUCCAAUUAAAAUCGUGUUCUUAAAAUGCGCUCUGUGAUUUGUUUGCAAAUGGCGCCGUUGUGAAGAGAAAAUUAAGAUUAUUGAAAUAACAAAUAGCAAUCGAAUAAACGACUGACAUCACCUAGUCUGAGAGGAAUAAUGAAAUGUGUUUGUCAAAAAAAAAGACUACGUUUUAGAUACAAGCAACACAUAUUUUGUUAAGAAAUGUGCCCACUGAAUUUGUGUCACGGAAACCAGUGUUUGCAAAUUGGAGUGUAGUCUACUCGCGAAGUAAAACAAUUUAGAGAGUAUCGUUCGAACAUGGAAAUAGACAAACAUGAUUUGAUUUUUAUAUGUCUGUGGGUCUGUGUAUAAUCAGAUUCAUAUGCAUAUUCUGCUUUAUUAUGUUUGUAACGCUGUUCAGUUAACUGAAAUAGCUUUGAACUGAGUGAAGAUGUGAAAUGCAAGAUAUUGAAAGGUAAACAAAUUAAAUAUAUUAAUUUAACUCAGUUAAUACAUCAUUAACACCAGAAGAACACUCAAGUGUGUGUGUUUAUAUUUAGUCUAUUAACUGUCAUUCAAUACAUUGAAAAACUGCUGCUAUUGAUCACAAUAAAUACUUAUUUAACUGUUUACUUUGCAUCCUCAGUAUGAUUAAUGUGAAGUUUAACAGGUUUUUAUAAAGAAAUAUUGUUAUGAAGUUCAAAAAGUUGUUUAUUUUAAUGUCUGUUUUUAUGUUUGUCAUUGCGUUAUGCGCGCCAUUCGCGUAGUUAAAAUCAGUCAACAGAAUUUUCCUCCCCUCUGACUUUGCCUCAAUCACACCCCUGUUUUUAGCUCAUCUAUUUUUUGAAAAAAAAUUAUGAGCUAUUGUCAUCACCUUGGCGUCGGCGUUGGCGUCGGCGUCCGGUUAAGUUUUGCGUUUAGGUCCACUUUUCUCAGAAAGUAUCAAUGCUAUUGCAUUCAAACUUGGUACACUUACUUACUAUCAUGAGGGGACUGGGCAGGCAAAGUUAGAUAACUCUGGCGUGCAUUUUGACAGAAUUAUGUGCAGGGUUGGCACCAAUCGACCGCCCCCGGUUUAAACCGGCGGUUUUUACCGGUUAAAACCGCCCCGGUCAAUACUCCCAAAGUUGUCAUUACUGGUCAAUACUGGUCGAUUGAACUUUACCCCCAAUUUUGAUUAAUAUUCCAUGCUUAAUUAAACAAUAUUGAUAAUAUAAAUUAAACAGACAUGUUGCCAAUAAUGUCAUAAGCUAUUAAAACCCACUAUUGUAUACCUGUUCAUGCAAUUUAUAGGCCAAUCUCUCAAAAUUUUGCAAAUGAGUCAAGUUGGUCAAUUGGAUUUUGCUGGUCGAUUGGAUUUUUUUAAAAAUUCUAACGAAUUAUGAAUGCUCAGAAAAUUAUGUGCUUGAUUCAACAAUAACCUGUCAAUUACUGUGUAUUAGUUGUUCCUCAUGCCCCACUGUCUCCACAGUCUUUAGCAGUCUUCAAACCUAUACAGGUUAGGGCACCCAAAACUGAUAAUAGGGCCUUACAUGGCACCUUUGACACAACCCUUACUUGUCAUGUAUUAUUGCCUGGAUUUCUUUAACAACAUAGUGAAAAAAAUAUUUUGUUUUACCAUUGAUAUAAAAAAAACAACUUAAUAAGAAAUAAUUAUUAAAAGAAAUAAAUAAUUGAAAAGAAGAGUCUAGAGUAGACCAACAAUUGGUAAACGCUAUUUGUUGCCAAAAUCAAGAACUUUGAUUGCUUAUUCAUUUGAAGACCAAUUGAACUUUAAAAUAAGAAAACCCUCUUCAUAUAGAAAGGAGACAAAUUAGAAGUAACUAUUAAAUUAAUAACAGUAAUAGCAAGUUAUCUCAUUUUGUUUGAGUGAAAUGAAAUAGCCCAAGGGCAGAUUUGCUUCAUUGUCACUAUCAGAGACAUACCAGUGCAUGCAUUUUAUUACCAAUUAAGGCUUAGGGGCUAGAUCAUUUAUGACCCUAGAAACCACAAGAGUUCUGUUUGCCCAUCAGCUUAUCAAAUAGAUAUAUCAAUAGAUCAGUGAAAAACUAUGAUAACUACAAUAGUAAUAAUACUUCAGUAACAGAUGUGAUAUAAUAAUGAGAAUAAGAUAUUGCCUUAGUUCUUUUGUAUUUGAGACCGUUUCCAUAAAUAAUAAAGAAGUAUUUUUUUACAGCUUUAAAGCUUUUUUUACAAUAGAUAACUCAAAAAAGUUUAUCAAUUACAGUUUAAUGAUUGAUUUAAUAUAGAAUAGCUUAAAUUCUUCCUUUGUCAUGUUUAAAUGCUACAAUUUUCAAUCGACCAGUAUUGACCAAUAAUGACCAGUAAUGACCAGUAUUGACCGGUUUUAACCGGGUAUUGACCGCCGGCCCGGUCAAUACUCAAUUGACCAGUCAAUAUGCCAACCCUGAUUAUGUGCCCUUUUUAUACUUAUAAAAUUUAAAAAUUUUGUUAAGUUUUAUGUUUAGGUACAUUUUAUUCCUUAAGUAUCAAAGCUAUUGCUUUCAAACUUGCAACACUUACUAACUAUCAUAAGGGGACUGUGCAGGCAAAGUUAUGUAACUCUGACUGGCAUUUUGACAGAAUUAUGUGCCCUUUUUAUACUUAGAAAAUUGAAAAUUUUGUUAAGUUUUGUGUUUAGGUCCACUUUAUUCCUACAGUUUCAAAGCUAGUGCUUUCAUACUUGCAACACUUAUUAGCUAUCAUAAGGGGACUGUACAGGCAAAGUUAUGUAACGCUGACUGGCAUUUGGACGGAAUUAUGGGCCGUUUAUACUUAGAAAAUUGAAAACUUGGUUAAGUUUUGUGUUUUGGUCCACUUUACACCUAAAGUAUCAUAGAUAUUGCUUUCAUACUUGUAACACUCGCAAACUAUCAUAAGGGUACAGUAAAAGGUUAAGUUGCAUAACUCUGGUUGUCAUUUUUACGGAUUUAUGGCCCUUUUUUGACUUAGUAACUUUGAAUAUAUGGUUAAAUUUUGUGUUUCGAUCCACUUAACUUCUAAAGUAUCAAGGCUUUCAAACUUCAAAUACUUUCAUGCUAUCAUGAGGUUACUGUCCCUGGCAAGUUGAAUUUUACCUUGACCUUUGAAUGACCUUGACUCUCAAGGUCAAAUUAUUAAAUUUUGCUAAAAUUACCAUAACUUCUUUAUUUAUGAUUAGAUUUGAUUGAUACUUUGACAAAACUACUCUUACCUGACAUACCACAAUAGACUCCACCCAAACCAUCCCCCGUGCCCUCCCCCCCCCCUAAUUUUAUUUUAAGAU